AUGCUGCAAUAUUUCCUGAAACGCCUGCUGUCUCUUGGGUUGAGCCUCGUGGCUGCAUCCAUCGUGAUUUUCCUGGCCCUCGAAGUCGUGCCCGGAGACCCUGCCGCGUACAUGCUUGGCAUCAACGCACAGGAAGACACGCUGAAUGCCCUGCGGGAACAGCUUGGUCUGAACGGUACGAUCCUCCAGCGCUAUCUGUCCUGGGCCGGCGGUCUGCUCGUCGGUGAUUUCGGCACGUCCUACACCUACAGGAUACCGGUGGCGGAAUUGAUUGGUGAACGUUUGUGGGUAUCGCUGCCGCUUGCACUCUAUGCCCUGACGCUCAGCACGAUGAUCGCCUUUCCGGCCGGAAUCUGGGCGGCUUCCAGGCGCGGUUCCUAUGUGGACACAGGCGUGAUGGGGGUGACCCAGCUUGGUGUGGCGAUCCCGAAUUUCUGGUUCGCCAUGCUGAUGGUGCUGGUCUUCGCGAUCAAUCUGCGCUGGUUUUCCGCAGGCGGCUUUCCAGGCUGGGACGAAGGUGUGCUUGCAGGUCUCAAAGCUCUGACUUUGCCUGCGGUUGCGCUUGCGCUGCCGCAGGCAAGCAUUCUGACACGCGUUAUGCGCUCCAGUCUGCUCGAUACGCUCGGGGAGGAUUUCAUACGCUCCGCCCGGGCAAAGGGGCUCACAAGAGGUCAGGCAAUGUGGCGCCAUGCCUUGCGCAAUGCGUUGAUCCCGGUCCUCACCAUCAUGGGGCUCCAGUUCUCGUUCCUGCUGGCCGGCGCGAUCAUUAUCGAGAAUGUCUUUUAUCUGCCCGGUCUUGGUCGCCUGGUCUUUCAGGCGAUCAGUUCCCGCGAUCUGAUUGUCGUCGAAAGCGUGGUGAUGCUUCUGGUCUUUGCUGUCAUCCUCGUCAAUUUUUCCGUCGACCUCGCCUACGCGCUUGUCGAUCCGCGCUUGCGGGGUCGGCGAUGA